UGCUCAAUGGAAUCCAAUUUUCCUAUACUAAAAAUAGGGGAAAAAUUGACAAUUAUUAAAUCAAAUGAUCUGCAUCAAAUAUGAGAAACCAUGCAUACUACAACAGAUUUGAAUCCUCCCCAAAUUCGUUCAUGAUUAUACCUAUUUUGAAGAAGAAUUUCGCUUUGCCCAACACUCUGAUCACUUCACGGAGGAGCGAAAGAAGAUGACGGCUGAGAAUCUAGGGGUGGAGGCGAAGGAGGCGGCGGUCAGAGAGGUGGCGAAGCUUCUGCCGCUGCCGGAGCUUUUACUCUGCAUCUCUUCAAUCAAAUCUGACUACAUUGCCCGCCAACAGGCGAACGAUGCACAACUCAGUACGAUGGUUGCUGAACAGGUUGAGCAGGCACAAGCCGGCCUUGAAUCGGUUUCCUUGUCCCAAAAGACAAUAAAUAAUCUGAGAGAUAAUUUCAUUGAGAUUGAUAAGUUGUGCCAAGAAUGCCAAACAUUGAUCGAAAAUCACGAUCAAGUAAAGCUCCUCAGUAAUGCGAGGAAUAACUUAAAUAUGACUCUUAAGGAUGUGGGAGGCAUAAUGUCUAUCUCCGUUGAGGCUGCUGAGGCGCACGAUUCUUUGAGUGAUGACAGGGAACUGGUUAACACCUAUGAGAGGUUAACUGCUCUUGAUGGGAAACGGAGGUUUGCAUUAGCUGCUGCGUCAACGCAUGAAGAAGAGGUUGAUAGGCUGAGGGAAUACUUUGAAGAUAUAGAUCACACGUGGGAGACAUUUGAAAAGACAUUAUGGGGUCAUAUUUCCAACUUCUUAAAACUUGCUAAAGAAAGCCCACAAACAUUAGUUCGUGCACUAAGGGUUGUCGAAAUGCAAGAAAUCUUGGAUCAACAACUUGCUAUGGAAGCAGCUGAGGCUGAAGGAGGUGCUGCAGUGGACCCUACAGAUAAUCCUCGUGCCAAGAAAUCUACAACUGCAAUGUCGUCUUUUAAAAAUCUUACACAACAGAAGUUGAAGGCUCAAGGUAAAGGAUAUAAGGAUAAAUGUUACGAGGCAAUAACGAAGUCUGUUGAAUCACGUUUCAACCAACUGCUCACUGAGCUUGUAUUUGAGGACCUAAAAGGAGCUGUAGAGGAGGCUAAAAAGAUUGGUGAAGAGCUUGGAGAUACGUAUGACUUUGUUGCUCCUUGUUUCCCUCCUAGAUAUGAAAUAUUCCAGCUCAUGGUGAAUCUUUACACUGAGAGGUUUAUUCAGUGGUUGAGACUAAUCAGUGACAAAGCCAAUGAUCUAACUAAUAUAGAGAUAUUAAAGGUAACCGGUUGGGUAGUUGAAUACCAAAACAAUCUAAUAGGACUCGGUGUUGACGAGUCUUUAGCUCAAGUUUGUUCCGAGAGCGGUUCAAUGGAUCCCCUUAUGAAUGCUUAUAUCGAACGAAUGCAAGCCACAACAAGGAAAUGGUACUUGAAUAUACUUGAGGCUGAUAAAGUACAGCCACCAAAGGUAAGAGGCGAUGGAAAGCUAUACACUCCAGCUGCUGUCGAUUUGUUUCGCAUCCUUGCAGAGCAAGUCCAAAUUGUACAAGAAAAUAGCACUGAUGUCAUGCUAUACAGAAUCUCUUUGGCGAUUAUUCAGGUAAUGAUAGAUUUUCAAGCAGCGGAAAGGCAGAAAUUGGAAGAACCUGAAGGUGAACUAGAAGCUUUAUGCGCAAUGAUCAAUAACAAUCUCAACUGCUACGAUCUUGCCAUGGAGCUAAGUUCUAACACUCUUGAAGCUCUCCCACAAUAUUAUGCUGAGCAGGUUAAUUUUGAGGAAACUUGCAAGGGUUUUCUAGAUGUUGCGAAGGAAGCUGUUCAUCGAACUGUUAGCUUCAUUUUCGAAGAUCAAGGAAUUCAGGAUGUACUUGCAAGUUUGUAUCAGAAAGGUUGGUUGGAAGGACAAGUCAUUGAAUUUCUAGUUGAAACAAUUGAUGAUUACUUUAAAGAUGUCACAACGUUCAUCGAAGAAAGAUCAUUUAUGCGAUUGGUUGAGCUCUGCCUGGAAGAAACCGUUGUUGUCUACGUUGACCAUUUGCUUGUCCAGAAAAGUUAUAUUAAAGAAGAGACGAUUGAGAAAAUAAAGCUAGAUGAAGAUGUUCUUUCGGAGUUUUUCAAGAAGUACAUAAGUGCUCCUAAAGUUGAAAAAAGACUAAAGAUAAUUUGUGACAUGAGAGAACUUGCUUCGUCAGAGAGUCCAGAUUCUUUCACACUUGCAUAUACAAAUAUACUUGAACAUCAACCAGACUGUCCUCCAGAGGUGGUUGAGAAACUUGUUGCCUUACGAGAAGGCAUACCUCGGAAAGAUGCUAAAGAGGUUAUUCAGGAGUGCAAAGAAAUAUACGAGAACUCUCUUGUUGAUGGCAAGCCUCCAAAGACCGGUUUUGUUUUCGCGAAAGUGAAGUGCCUAUCUGCUUCCAAAGGCGGCCUAUGGCGAAAACUCACCUAGUCCAAAACUCACCAUCAAAUGUUGUUUCAUUUGCCACGAAAAGCUACACUAGUAUCUUUUUUUUUUUUUUUGGUCACUAAGCAUAUAUGAAUGUGAUAAUUCGAUUUACUAUAUUUUUAUCGCUAUUAUAAAUUGAGUUUUUCGUAGACUUUUUAUGAAACGGAUGUUUAUUGUUAAAGAGGAAACUAACUCCGUUGUAUUUUCAACUUGUUAUGGUUUAAUCAGUUGUAUUUUUGUUAGUACUGAAAGUUUCACAAGAUAAGGAAGUCUUGGUUCAUGUGUUA